AUGCAUUCAAAUGGUGCCUUUCGAAUAGCUACUGAUACACUUCGUCUAUCCCCUCAAACAACGAGUUCAAGUGGUUAUCAUAGUGAUUUAUCAUCAACACAUGAAUCACCUGGAUCAAUCAAUGGUAAUAUAACUACUCAUACUGAUCAAUAUUCUUGUCGUAUUCGAAAGAAAACAGCUGAUAAUAAAUUAUUAAAAAAUAAAAGUCUAUCACAAAUAUCGAAUUUUAUACGUAAACAAUAUGAACGAGCAAAAUCAAAAUUAAUAUCUGAAAAACAACAUACACGACCCAUUCAAACUUGUACGAAAUCAACAUCAACUACACCUUUAUCUUAUUUAUCACAAAGUCAUCAUGCAAAAUCUGUAUCAUCGAAUUAUAGACAAAGUUCAUUUAUCGAACCGGUUCGAUCUGUAUAUGUUCAUCCAGUAUAUGAUAAUGCUAUGAAAGAAUUUCCUUCAAAACCUUAUACAUCAAUGCAUAAUUAUUAUUCACAAUAUCCAACGUAUACAAAACCAAUUCAAAAUAAUAUUGAUUCUCAAUCUUUUCGUCAUUCAUCUAUAAGAAAUAAUUUUGGAAAUCUUACAACAGGAUGUUGUUUACCAACGAAUCAUUAUACACGUCGUCAGCAAUAUUAUUCAAAUAAAUGUCAAAAUUAUUAUCCAUAUAAAUAUAUUAAUAAAAAUCAUGAUUAUAAUCGAUCAUUAUAUGUACCUUUAAGUGAUUUUAUUAGUACAGGCCAUAGUGCAUUUAAACCAGUUAAAAUUUCUCAACAACGUUUAUAUCAUACAUCAGAAGCCAUACCACCACCACCAUCAGAUGAUCCAUGUGAUCUUGAAGUUGCACAAUAUUUUUGUCGUACACCACAAUGGAGUAAUCCAAAUUAUUUUGAUAUUUAUCAAAAAAAUAUACCAAGAACAUUACUUAGAAAAAAAUUUAUUGAAACUUUAUGUUAA